AUGAAUUUUUGUCUUAAAGCUUCAAAUUUUCAUCUAGAAUAACCUAUUCAUUUUCAAACAAAUGAUUAAUCAGCUAAAGCAUUAGAAAUGUUUAAUUAUGUGGCUUAAAGUUUUUAGGGGAAUACAGAUUUCUAAAUUUAAUAUUAAACUUCUGAUGUUUAAUAGGGAUUUAUUGAUCCUAAUGAUGAUUUAAGUCGAUUUCAUGAUGCAAAUGCAUAAUUCUAUAUAAUUUUAAAUUAAUAAGGUUAACUUAGUCCUUAAGAUGAACAUAUGUAUUAAGCUGUGUAUAUCUCAACUUAUAAAAUGGAAGGAAAUUAACAUAUACUAAUUGUUCAGGAAUAUGCAGAUCCAAAUUUAUAAUUAGGAUUGGUAAUUAUCAAAAAUUAUAAAAGUAUUUAUUCUAAUUGACAUAAAAAUAUAAUCUAAAAGCUAAUUCUGUUCAAUUAUAUGAUCAUCAAUCAAAUUUAUUGACUGAGAAUCAAUAUUUAUGUAUAGGAAACUUCAUGAAUUAUCCCAUGUUAAAUAUGGUUGUUUUGUAUAAUUAAAGUGUUCCAUAGUAAGGCGUGGUUAUCUCUAUUUAUUAAGCUUAAGAUAAUUAACAUAUAGGAAUUGCUUAGUAAUUUGUAGAUCCCAAUUUAUAAUUAGGAUAGGUAAUUAUAAGAAUAUAUAAAAGUAUUUAGUCUAAUUGACACAAAAAUUUAAUCAAACAUUGAAUUCUUUUGAAUUAUAUGAUGAUUAAUCAAAACCAUUAACUAAUAAUCCAAAUGAAUAUAUAGGAUAAUUUAUGAAUAAUUCUUAUUUAAAUAUGGUUAUUUUUUAUCAAGAGUAAAUUUAAACAUAUGAUAAUGAUAAUCUAAUAAACGAUUAGAAUAAUUAAUAAUAAUUAUAAUAAUAACAUGAUAUAUAAUAGCAAUAAAUACAAACAUAAUAAUAACAAUAUGCACAAUAAUAAUAAUAACAAUAUACACAAUCAUAAUAGUUACAAUAUGCACAAUAAUAAUAAUAAUAAAAUCCACAAUAAUUCUAAUAAGUAAAUACACAAUAAUAAUAAUUACCAUAAGCAGAACCAUAUUAAUAACAAAAUACACAAUAAUUAUAAUAAGUAAAUACACAAUAAUAUAUAAUACCAUAAGCAGAACCAUAUUAAUAACAAAAUACACAAUAAUUAUAAUAAGUAAAUACACAAUAAUAUAUAAUACCAUAAGCAGAACCAUAUUAAUAACAAAAUACACAAUAAUUAUAAUAAGUAAAUACACAAUAAUAUAUAAUACCAUAAGCAGAACCAUAUUAAUAACAAAAUACACAAUAAUUAUAAUAAGUAAAUACACAAUAAUAUAUAAUACCAUAAGCAGAACCAUAUUAAUAACAAAAUACACAAUAAUUAUAAUAAGUAAAUACACAAUAAUAUAUAAUACCAUAAGCAGAACCAUAUUAAUAACAAAAUACACAAUAAUUAUAAUAAGUAAAUACACAAUAAUAUAUAAUACCAUAAGCAGAACCAUAUUAAUAACAAAAUACACAAUAAUUAUAAUAAGUAAAUACACAAUAAUAUAUAAUACCAUAAGCAGAACCAUAUUAAUAACAAAAUACACAAUAAUUAUAAUAAGUAAAUACACAAUAAUAUAUAAUACCAUAAGCAGAACCAUAUUAAUAACAAAAUACACAAUAAUUAUAAUAAGUAAAUACACAAUAAUAUAUAAUACCAUAAGCAGAACCAUAUUAAUAACAAAAUACACAAUAAUUAUAAUAAGUAAAUACACAAUAAUAUAUAAUACCAUAAGCAGAACCAUAUUAAUAACAAAAUACACAAUAAUUAUAAUAAGUAAAUACACAAUAAUAUAUAAUACCAUAAGCAGAACCAUAUUAAUAACAAAAUACACAAUAAUUAUAAUAAGUAAAUACACAAUAAUAUAUAAUACCAUAAGCAGAACCAUAUUAAUAACAAAAUACACAAUAAUUAUAAUAAGUAAAUACACAAUAAUAUAUAAUACCAUAAGCAGAACCAUAUUAAUAACAAAAUACACAAUAAUUAUAAUAAGUAAAUACACAAUAAUAUAUAAUACCAUAAGCAGAACCAUAUUAAUAACAAAAUACACAAUAAUUAUAAUAAGUAAAUACACAAUAAUAUAUAAUACCAUAAGCAGAACCAUAUUAAUAACAAAAUACACAAUAAUUAUAAUAAGUAAAUACACAAUAAUAUAUAAUACCAUAAGCAGAACCAUAUUAAUAACAAAAUACACAAUAAUUAUAAUAAGUAAAUACACAAUAAUAUAUAAUACCAUAAGCAGAACCAUAUUAAUAACAAAAUACACAAUAAUUAUAAUAAGUAAAUACACAAUAAUAUAUAAUACCAUAAGCAGAACCAUAUUAAUAACAAAAUACACAAUAAUUAUAAUAAGUAAAUACACAAUAAUAUAUAAUACCAUAAGCAGAACCAUAUUAAUAACAAAAUACACAAUAAUUAUAAUAAGUAAAUACACAAUAAUAUAUAAUACCAUAAGCAGAACCAUAUUAAUAACAAAAUACACAAUAAUUAUAAUAAGUAAAUACACAAUAAUAUAUAAUACCAUAAGCAGAACCAUAUUAAUAACAAAAUACACAAUAAUUAUAAUAAGUAAAUACACAAUAAUAUAUAAUACCAUAAGCAGAACCAUAUUAAUAACAAAAUACACAAUAAUUAUAAUAAGUAAAUACACAAUAAUAUAUAAUACCAUAAGCAGAACCAUAUUAAUAACAAAAUACACAAUAAUUAUAAUAAGUAAAUACACAAUAAUAUAUAAUACCAUAAGCAGAACCAUAUUAAUAACAAAAUACACAAUAAUUAUAAUAAGUAAAUACACAAUAAUAUAUAAUACCAUAAGCAGAACCAUAUUAAUAACAAAAUACACAAUAAUUAUAAUAAGUAAAUACACAAUAAUAUAUAAUACCAUAAGCAGAACCAUAUUAAUAACAAAAUACACAAUAAUUAUAAUAAGUAAAUACACAAUAAUAUAUAAUACCAUAAGCAGAACCAUAUUAAUAACAAAAUACACAAUAAUUAUAAUAAGUUAAUACACAAUAAUAUAUAAUACCAUAAGCAGAAUCAUAUUAAUAACAAAAUACACAAUAAUUCUAAUAAGUAAAUACACAAUAAUAAUAAUUACCAUAAGCACAAUAUUUAUAAUAACAAAAUACACAAUAAUUAUAAUAAGUAAAUACACAAUAAUAAGAAUAACAAAAUAUAUAAUAAUAAUAGUUACAAUAAGUAGAAUAAUAAUAAUAAUAAAAUCCUCAAGUUUAAGUUAAUGUUGAUCAGCAACCAUUGGUGCCACAAUAACAAAUAGAGCCAAAAUAAAAAUCUUAAUAGCAAUAAAAAUAAUAAUCAUAAGUAAUUCCAAUUGACAAACAGUAAAUAUAUUUAAAUAAACUUUAGAAUAUAAUAAAUUAAGGAUUCUGUUGUGAUUUUAAAGCAUGUUACGCUUUACUUUGAUCCUUUUGGAGAGUACAUAAUGUACAAAUAUCAUUACCCGAUAUAAUUGAGUGGUAGUAUUAGAAAAUCUUGGAGUACAUCAACUGAAAAAUUCAUUUAUUCUAAAUAUAAAUGGACUAGUGUUCAUUAAAAUAAAUAUGAAUAUGCAGAACUUGAUGAAUAUAGCUUUGGCAUAAAAUGGGAAGGAGGUAAUGAAAGUCAAUUAAAAGUGAAAUAAUUAUGAAAAUUCUAUAAUAUGG